AUGAAAUCGGUUAAACCUCUAUUUAUAGCUACAACGGAAACCAGGCUCAACAACGGCAUAAGUAAUACGGAAGUGGAUAUUAACGGAUAUAGUAUCGAACGACAUGACAGAAACUCCCGUGGCGGUGGCGUAGCUAUAUAUAUAAAAGACAGGUUAAAAUACGAGCGAAAACUGGAACUCGAGGAGCCACACUUUGAAACACUAUGCAUCGAAUUCAAAAUAAGCAAGAAUCUACCCUGCCUACUAAUAUGCGCAUAUCGAGCUCCUAAACAACCUGUCGAGCCUUUCUUUGAUUAUCUUGACGACGUUACGCGCGAAACUCUAAGAUCAGACAAACAGAUAAUUAUAAUCGGUGACUUGAAUUGUGACUGCCUUGACGAGUCUGCUGCACAAACUAUAGCUCUUAAGGAGUUCCUUAAUGUCUACAAACUAACACAACUCAUACGUGAACCGACAAGAUCUACCGCCUCUUCCGAAUCACUUAUCGAUCUGUUGAUAACAUCAUCUCCCCAACUUUUCAGGUCAACUGGUGUUUUACAGUCUGGAUUUAGUGAUCACUUUCCUAUCUUCGGAUCUUUGAUUUCAGUCCGUCAGAAAGAUAGUAAGCAUCGCGUAAUAUCCACUCGAAAAGUUGACUUAAAUGCAAAUCACGAAUGCUUCCAAAACGCUAUUAGCAGUAUAUCAUGGGAUACGAUGAACAUGUUUGACGACCCUAACGACAAGUUAUUAAUUUGGGAGAAACUUUUUACGCCAGUCAUGGAUAUUUACUUUCCCGUGAGACGUAAGCGAAUUAGGAAGAACUCGUAUCCGUGGAUAGACAGUAGUGUACUAGUUUUGAUGCGUAACAGAGACCAAGCUCGUAAAAAGGCUUUGAAAACUAAAUCGGUAGAUGACUUUAACAUCUACAAACGUCUUCGGAAUUGUGUCACAAGCAGGUUGCGUAAAGCCAAAUCUGACUUUUUCCAACGCAAAUUAGACGACUGCCACGGUGAUCCUAAAGCUUUUUGGAAACUAAUGAAGAAAGUACUUCCAUGGAAGAACUGA